AUGCCAGCUUCGUUCUCAAAUGAUGAAGACCUCACCAAGCUCAUGGUGGCUGCCACCUCUACCGCUACUACCGCUACCACUAACUCAACCCCCAUCUCCAACCCUGACGAAGUCAGCUAUACCACCACGCAACCUCGCAGCCGACGCAGUCGCCACGAGCCCGAACCAGACUGGUCAGAGCAAGUGCGCGAACAAGUCCGCAACUCACGCCGAACGGGCCAAGCAUGCGAUCGGUGCAAGCUCCGCAAAAUGCGCUGCGACCCACGACCCACUGGCUGCACCCCCUGCAUCGCAGGGGGGCUGCCCUGCCAGGUAACCGACCGAGUGACUGGCGAGACAUAUGUCCGUGGCGCAGCGAGCCGAAUGAAAGAGCACAUCAGCAAUUUGCAGGCACAAAUCCAGCAGCUGAGAGAGCGAAAUCUGGCCCUCGAGCGCCGCAAUGAGCUCUUGGAGGAUCGGGUUAAGAUAUUGUGUGAGCAGGCGGCGCGGCUGAGAGCAGGGUUGGAUGAUAGAUAG